UUGGGACAAAAAUCAGAAGACGGACGGGCUGGUUUCGCUCAAGUUUACUUCCGCAUUUUACCGCAUUACUAACCUGGAGUUAGUUUAUAUGUGGCAGCCGAGUAGGCCACGUCGUGCACUCGCUCAGGAUUAGGCCUCGGUGACUAACUCUUCUGAUGAAGUGUUUUGACGAGCUUUUCAAACACACGGACAAUGAUGACAAUUACGCUCACUAAACGAAAGUCGCGCUUAAUCUGAAUCACGGGUCGCUGUUGAAAACUACCUCGACGUUAGAGGAGCAGAUUGCUGUCUAAAUAGCUGUCGAACCGUCUGUAGGACAGGAAACUCCUUUACAAAGAGCUGAUCUGUGUGAGCUGAAUCGACAGAUUAAUUGUUCUCAUCGAGACAAUAAGAUGACUACAUGCCGUGGGUGCUGGGCGUCUUUAGUUACCGGAUGUUAUGGAUGUCGCACCAGGAAAGAUGUUGAAAACAAAGAAGCAACGAAACUCACGGAGAGGCUGUGGUUCAUCUUCGUGCUGUUAGUGUCUUUCACGUCACUGGCUAACAUGUUCUUCUGGUUGGCCGCAGUCAAUGACUCAUCCGACUUCAACAGAGACCUUGCUGAGAUGACAGGCCUGUGGUGGCGCUAUUACAUCUUCUUUAUGGCCUUGUCGUGUGCACUCAGCAGCUAUGCCGUUCUACUUUUGAUGUUCGCAUUUUUACACAUUGCUAUUGGACAGAAGUUACAGCUUCAUGGAGCGCACAAGAUUGGUCUGAUUCUGGAUCUUAGCUUGUCAGUUGCACUGUUAGUAUUUCCGUGUGCCGUGCUAGGAUCAAGCUCUCUAUGGCAUUUCCUACCACAGGCGCUGCAGUUUACAGGACCUUUUCUGCAUCUUGUUGGUGUGGUAAUCAUGACUGGGUUAAGUUGGUUUGUUGCUGGAGGAAUGGGCACCCUCCAACGGAAAGGAAUUCCAGUUCGUGAUGUAGCUUUAUGGUAUUUCCUCGUUCUCAUCGGUCUCUACAUUUCACCCGUCUUCAUCCGUUCACCAUGCCUGCUUAAGUAUGACGAGCUACCACCCAAGCCCCUGGUGUUUGCCUAUAGGGGUGCUGAGCAACUAGCACCAGAGAACACACUCAUUGCAUUUGAGCUUUCCCUUGAUGUCUACAAUGCCCAAGGUAUCCACACUGAUGUACGCGUAAGUUAUGAUGGCGAACCGUACAUCAUGCGUGAUGACAAACUCACCCGUACAACCAACGUGGAGGACGUGUUCCCUGAGCGCUACGCAGAUCAUUCAGAUAGCUUUACAUUGGCAGAGCUGAAGCAGUUGAACGCAGGGUCCUGGUUUAUUACGUGUAACCCAUUUGGGACUACUAGCAGGCUGACGGAGCUUGAAAUUAUACGUUACAGAAAGCAGAAAAUUCCCACCUUGAGGGAAAUGUUACUUCAGGUCAAGGGGAGAAACAAGACAGUAUUGCUCGAUGUCCGCACACCACCUGAUGACCAUCCUUACUCCGAGGAUUGGUUGAACAUAACGUUGCAGGUUAUACUGGAUUCGGGCGUCGCCGAAGAGGACGUGAGUUUCUGGAAAGCACCUAAUAAUGACACCAAGUACACGUUUGCAAUAAACACGUUCGAUGAACGAAGACUGAUGACAACGUAUAACGACAUACCUUUCUUCCAAAUAAGGAGUGAUGCAGCGUUGAAUGUAACAACAAACGUUUGGACAGUCAACGAAGAUUGGCUGUUUUCCUUAUUCUGGUGCGCAGGCGCAACCUCCAUAUCCACGUCAUCGUGUCAAAGGGUACGAAUAGGCGACGGCCCUUUGUGGCAGCUGAGCCCGCUUCACUAUCGGAUAAUGUGGAUUCUUUUUGAUGUAGUCUCCUUUAUCUGGGUGAUAAUUAUCUUUAUCAUUCAAAUCAGCCGGAGAAAGAGGCGACUUAACCAGCAUGGAGAGGAACCACCCGAGCGUUACAACUAUCGUCACUUCAUGGCACUCGAGGAGCUGUCGAAAAAUCAGAAGUCUGUGAUUCUCUAGCGAUGUCCCCUGAGCGCCCAUGGCAGACUAUGCACACUUCCGUCAACCCAACGACAGCGUAAAAUAGCAUGGAAGUGAAAUCAGACAAGACAUCAACGCUGUGUAAAUAAAGCAAGAAAGAAAAGCAAGUGGAUUUCUGUACAGGACGUGUACAGUUUUGUUGUUAACUCACGAUUAUUCGCUGUCCGUGUUAAAGUCCACAAUGCCAGCCUACUUUAAGGGCGACGGUCAAACCAUAAGAGAAACGACGGCCGAUGAUGUCGCGUGUUAUUUUCCCUCAAACAUGAAAAAGCCACAUUGCUGCGGUAGCCGACAAGAUUCCUUGGCGAUUUCAGUUGGAAAGUGAUACCAGGAGAACAGUUUCCGUUAAUGUUCCUUUUUAAGAUGAUAUUUAACCGUUCAUCAUGGAUUCCUCUGUAGAUAGAAUAACGUAGUAGCCGUACUAUAAUACCUGAAAGCGAAUCGACGGGGAAGCCCGUACAAUUUGCAUACCAGCGUGGUAAGCAUUUGUUGCAGUCAAAGAGAAUGGACGAGGACUGCAGAUUCUUGCAAAGAAUGGGUGAGGCGAAGCCGAGCGCAUUCAUGCAUGAAUCUACAGUUCCAAACUGUGUCCCUCUCACAACUAUUAUCCUGAACACAGCAGAACAAAAAAGUGUUGAUUUGUACUAAUUCUUUGAACUAUGAGGUGAAUUCGAUGUGUCGUCCAGUGAAACGGCGUAAUAUGCAAAACAGGCAUUUGUGCUUCUUACCCUUGGGUGCACAACUGUUGCUUCAUUCAUCAACUAACAAACACAGUUGUGUCACUUACUCAUUCAACAUCAUUGGAGUAUACACACCCUAUUCCUUGCCUCUUGAAUCCAUAUGAAGUCAUAGUUACACGUAUAGGCCUACAGCUACUGAAAUCUACUAGACGAUGUAAAACCAGUUAUCUCAUGCUAUCGAUGUGACUGCAUAGAGUUGUGGAUUAUGAUACCGGCUAUCGUAUGCACGUUUGACAAGAAGCUUGCUUUGGAACAACUCCGUAUUGGUCACUUAUGAUUAUGAUCACUCAUCUUGACAUUUUUGAUAAUGGCUAACAUCGAAAUGCUCAACAACUUUGAUGGAAUCAUGUCGUUUGGAGUAUUGAGCGGUAAGUUCUUUGCGUUCAGUUCGAUUAAUUCAGUUAUUUAUCUGUUUCUUCCAAUCGCCCAUUGACUGUCCUUUGUUAACGAGUCAUUGCUAAACAGUGGAAAUUUAUGACAGAAUUAGAAAAAAGGAUUCAAAUUAUAGACGAUUGUAAAACUCUAGAAAGUGCAAUGAGCCCCAAAAAAGAAGAAAAAGUGAAUAUUCCAAAUACGAAAGCAAAAACGUAUAUAAAACAAGAAAUCCGAAAAAUUGAAUAACACGUAUAGACAAAACCCAAAAAGAAUUGAAAAAGAAAACUAAAUAAAAAUUUAAUAUGGAGUAUUUAUACCAUUCAAUUUAAAAUGAUGGUUGGGAUCACCAUAGAAUCUUUUUUUUUUUAGAAAGGAGAGCCACAACAUGAAAAUCCAGUGCACAAAGAAUAGUUUGUGUGAAACAAACAGUUCUGUGGGACAGUGUUAAAAAUGUACACAGUCAAUUUCACAGAGAAAUCUUAAACGAACUAACUUCAGAAAAGCAGUUUUACGGAGAGUAUUGUUUAUAAGCUUUAGUGUAUGAAAUGCAUCUUCCUUCAUUUGAAUUGUCCUGGCGAAUAGCGUGGGGUAAUCAUGUGAAAAUCAUGUGAAAAUAUUAUUUGAAAAAUCAGAACCUAUACACUGUUACGUUAAAUACUGGACGAAAUAACUUCUCAACUUACACAUCAACUUGAUUGCAGGCCUUGUUCAUAAUACCUAACAGAUUCUUUACAAAAGUGUCGAUUCGAAGGAAAUCAGCUACACUAUAGUGUGGCGUCUCAGGACUGGUUUCAUUUUUAAUAAUUUUAUUACUGCUAUAGGUAUGUUGAACUAAUAUGUUUAUUAGUAUGUUCUACUAAUACAGAAUCAAACAUGAAGCAUAACUGGAAAAUGUACAGUUGAUUGGUUUUUUAAUGGAAUGCUUUCAGUGUUAUAUAUUAGACGUGUUGUACUACAAUGCUGUAAACUACUGACACAGAGACGAUGCAAUAACCAGUUUCAAGUAUUUGAAAUUAUACUUCGUUUAAAUACCAGAUGAGUCUGAUCUCGUAUCAGCGAACCGUCCGUGCAAUAUUGAAACUGAACGUGGUUGUGCAGGAAACAUCCUGGCCGGAGUGUUGUUACCAAACGUUAAGGAUUCUACAGAAAUCAGAACAAAACCAAAAAUACACUCAAACAUAGAAGCUUAUCUUUACAUUUAAAAGAACAUCCAUAUCCUUGUUUAUAUUGUGGAUAUUGUGUUUGGAAGGGAAAUUUGCGAGAAGUUUUGUCAUCUGUAGUAUGGGUGUUUCGGAGUAUUAAUUUCAUCCUCUUUCGACAGCAGAUGAAAUUUGAUGACUGUCGAGGACUUGUAGCCCCAGAGACAUGGAUUAUAAGGCUUUAUUCCCCGUGGAUUCAUGGCAUGCUUGUGACACAGCAAAGAAGCAAAGUGAUACGUGGAAGAAAGCAAAAUAAUCCAUGAUUUCAGAAUAAAAAGCUGAAUAAGCAACCGACUGUUUUUCUUCUUUUUUUUCACUGUUGUAAUCAAAAUAAAAGAAGGAACUAUGCAUAGAGGUCCAGUCGUCGCGAUGACAACGAAUCAUACUUCCUUUGCAAUCCAUCAAGUUACCUCUUGGAGCUGACACGGACUCGGCCCCCCUGCUCUAUACUUGCACAGACAUGUUUUAACAAGCAUGUUUAUACAACCACCUGACCUCUACCGUGACAUUUGCACCGUCAACGAGACGAACAGGUAGUCCCGUAUCGCAAUCAUUGCUGAGAAAUGAAUCAUAUAAAGUUAAUGUGCCCGUCCGUCGGAAUGAUUCCAUCCGCUGUUUAUGGGGCGCUUUUAUUAAAUCGAAUGUGAUACAGGGCUCCCUUUUUCAGUAGAUUGAGUUUGUGUCUCUGAAUAUUCAAGGAUUCUGUCUGUUGACUGACAUGAGGAAUCAAGCAGUUAUUGCCAUGUUGAAAAGGCAGUUGGUGGUGGUAUGGAAAACACAUAAUAAACAAUGUUAAAAUUUCGUGUGAUUGUGCACCUAUGUUAGUUUUCACGCAGAUGGAGAGGCAUUGUACAUUACAGGGUAUCUUUGCUGAGAUCGAAACUGAGAAACUAAGAUUUACGUCUUUCACAGGCAUCAUUUUCAUUUACGUGAGUUGUCUCCAAGGUAUCUAAUAAUGUUAAUACACCACUGUACUUGGUUCUUCAAUAACCCAUAAAUAUCCACGGUAUGACUGAUGAGCUACGCCAGUAUUUAUUCUCACAUUGUGAGCUUCGGCGGCAAAUGAAAAUGACGGGGGAUGUUAUUACAUGACGGCGUUUCAUCACUCAUUCUAUCGUCAGCGGUUCGUUUGGCUGCCAAAUAGACGCAGCAUUCGGGUAAAAAUGUAAUUCAAAUGGUUCCAAUUUGUGAAGCACUACGGGGGGGAAACUUGCGUCCAAACACGAUUUUAAUUUCCCUCAAUUGAUGUAGAGAAAGGUUGAAGCGUGACUCCGAAAUUCCGGUCGAAGCGAUAGUCUGGUGACAUACAUUUUGACAAUGUAUCCAAUGAAUCGUGAUAUCUUGUGUCCGUAUCUUAAUAUGAUAGGUUCAAGGGUUCAAGAUCAACCCUAACAGUCCUCAGUCCUCCAACAGAUGAGGAACUUAGGACUGUUAGGGUUAACCAUUUCGAGCGAGUAAUUGUGUUAACCAAGUUAAAGUGACCUAUCACGUUGGGCAAAUAAAGUUUGUGUUGUAUAAUAAA